GUGCGGUGAUCCGGGCCAGGCUGAGUCCAUGUAUGUAAGCUAGCCUAGCGUCACCAACAACCCAACGCCCACGAAACACGCUCAUUUCACACGGGUCCAUCCACUGUAAACUCUCGCGGAGACCUCAUCUUCCGCUCGAUAACAGCCGGUCUUGAAGCUGAAGGUCAAGGUAGAGGCCGUUUUUUGAUGCGAAAGGGUGUAGAUCUGUGCGCCUACACACACACACACACACAUACACACACGCACAGAGAGAGAGAGACUCCAGACAUAACGUUACAAGAUGGAGUGCCAGUGGAAACCCGACGAGCAGGGACUUCAGCAGAUCCUACAGCUGCUCAAGGAAUCACAGUCCCCGGACACAUCAACGCAACGAUCCGUCCAACAAAAACUUGAGCAGCUCAAUCAAUACCCGGACUUCAACAACUACCUAAUAUUUGUGCUCACAAAGCUAAAGACGGAAGAUGAGCCUACUCGCUCUCUCAGUGGCCUCAUUUUGAAGAACAAUGUUAAGGCCCAUUACCAGAACUUCCCAAACGGCGUGUCUGACUUCAUCAAAAAUGAGUGUCUGCAGAACAUUGGAGACUCUUCACCGCUCAUCAGAGCCACAGUGGGUAUUCUGAUCACAACUAUAGCCUCUAAAGGGGAGUUACAGAAUUGGCCGGAGCUUCUACCUAAACUCUGUUCACUGCUGGACUCAGAGGACUAUAACACUUGUGAAGGGGCUUUUGGAGCUCUGCAAAAGAUCUGUGAGGACUCUGCUGAGAUCCUGGACAGUGACAUGCUGGACCGCCCGCUCAAUGUGAUGAUCCCGAAGUUCCUGCAGUUUUUCAAGCACAAUAGCCCCAAGAUCAGGUCUCACGCCAUUGCCUGUGUCAACCAGUUCAUCAUCAGCAGAACACAGGCCCUAAUGCUGCACAUAGAUCCUUUCAUUGAGAACCUGUUUGCACUGGCAGGUGAUGAGGAGCCAGAAGUGAGGAAGAACGUGUGCAGAGCUUUAGUCAUGCUUUUGGAAGUCCGACUAGACCGUCUCCUUCCUCAAAUGCACAACAUCAUCGAGUACAUGUUGCAGAGGACACAGGAUCAAGAUGAAAAUGUUGCUUUGGAGGCUUGUGAGUUUUGGCUCACUCUUGCUGAGCAACCUGUGUGUAAGGAGGUUCUGUGUGGACACCUGCACAAAUUGACACCAGUUCUUGUGAAUGGAAUGAAAUACUCUGAAAUUGACAUAAUCCUGUUGAAGGGUGAUGUUGAGGAGGAUGAAGCAAUCCCAGACAAUGAGCAGGACAUUCGCCCAAGGUUCCAUCGCUCACGCACCGUUGCCCAACAACACGAGGGAGGAGACUCCAUUGAGGACGAGGAGGAUGAUGAAGAUGAUUUGGAUGACGAUGAAACUAUUUCAGACUGGAACUUGAGGAAAUGUUCUGCUGCUGCAUUGGAUGUCUUGGCGAAUGUUUUCAGAGAUGAUUUGCUGUUGCAUAUUCUUCCUCUACUGAAAGAACUACUGUUCCAUCCAGAGUGGCUUAUUAAAGAGUCGGGCAUACUUGUACUGGGAGCCAUUGCUGAAGGCUGUAUGCAGGGGAUGAUCGCCUACUUGCCAGAGUUGAUUCCACAUCUGGUACAGUGUCUCUCUGAUAAGAAGGCGCUGGUUCGAUCCAUCACUUGCUGGACUCUGAGCCGCUAUGCACACUGGGUUGUUAGCCAGCCCCCCGACACCUACCUCAAACCGCUCAUGACUGAACUGCUCAAACGGAUACUUGACAGCAACAAACGCGUCCAAGAGGCCGCCUGCAGUGCCUUUGCUACUCUUGAAGAGGAGGCUUGCACUGAGCUGGUGCCGUACCUUGCUUAUAUUUUGGACACGUUGGUCUUUGCUUUCAGUAAAUACCAGCACAAGAACCUACUAAUUCUCUAUGAUGCCAUUGGGACUCUGGCUGAUUCUGUGGGCCACCAUCUCAACAAACCAGAAUAUAUUCAGAUGCUGAUGCCUCCAUUGAUACAAAAAUGGAACCAGCUAAAAGAUGAAGAUAAAGACCUCUUUCCCUUACUGGAGUGUCUCUCGUCUGUGGCCACUGCCCUUCAGAGUGGCUUCCUGCCAUACUGUGAGCCUGUCUACCAACGCUGUGUCAACCUGGUCCAGAAAACACUCGCCCAUGCCGUGCUUCACCAGACGCAGCCUGAGUUUUAUGAAGCUCCUGAUAAAGAUUUCAUGAUUGUGGCUCUGGAUCUGCUCAGCGGAUUAGCAGAGGGUCUCGGCGGGAACAUUGAACAGCUUGUUGCCCGUAGCAACAUUCUCACUCUCAUGUACCAGUGCAUGCAGGAUAAAAUGCCAGAGGUUCGACAGAGUUCUUUUGCCCUGUUGGGAGAUUUGACCAAAGCCUGUUUCCAACAUGUCAAACCUUGCAUUGCUAACUUCAUGCCUAUCUUAGGCACAAACCUGAACCCAGAAUUGAUAUCAGUCUGCAAUAAUGCAACAUGGGCCAUUGGAGAGAUAUCUAUUCAAAUGGGUUCUGAGAUGCAGCCUUAUGUCCCGAUGGUUUUACAGCAGCUUGUGGAGAUCAUAAACAGACCCAACACACCCAAGACUCUGCUGGAGAAUACAGCAAUAACAAUUGGUCGUCUUGGUUACGUUUGUCCUCAAGAGGUGGCACCCAUGCUACAGCAGUUUAUAAGACCCUGGUGCACCUCUCUUCGCAAUAUAAGAGACAAUGAAGAAAAAGACUCUGCGUUCAGAGGAAUCUGCACCAUGAUCACGGUCAACCCUGGUGGUGUGGUGCAGGACUUUAUAUUUUUCUGUGAUGCUGUAGCAUCCUGGAUGAACCCAAAAGACGAUCUUCGAGAAAUGUUCUAUAAGAUCUUGCAUGGGUUUAAGAACCAGGUUGGAGACGAGAAUUGGAGACGCUUUUCUGACCAGUUUCCCCUUCCACUCAAAGAGAGACUUGCAGCCUUCUAUGGGGUGUAGAUGUUACCUGAUUGAAGAGCUUAUUCACUAUGGGUCAGGAUGGGAACCUCUGAUACCCAGGGCAUAUGUUGCCCUUUACCUGGGGGGAAGGGUGGUCUAGCAGGGGAGGGAGUCAUACGGCCCACUGGACCCCUGUAGAUGGGGUGGGAGGGAAGUGUUAGCUAAGGCACUAGUCGACGACACCUCGCCAAGCCAAACCAAAAUAGGGAGGAAAGCUUUUUCAUCAUGUCAUAACAAUCAACCAUGAGGCUGAAAAAAAAAUACGUUGUUAGCGUUCAUUCACCAGGGCACUUAAUGUAACGGGGCAUCCAGGGGUUCAAAAAAAAACAA